CCGCGCAGCCUCGCCGCCCGCCGCCCCGGCCCGAGACUCGCCUCGCCCGGCUCUUCCAUGCCCAGCAGCGAGGCGGUGCCGCUGGGGCUGGGCGCCUGCCGCAGCUCGGGGGCGCUGAGCGGGAUGCUGGCGCUGGUGGCGCGGGUGCUGGAGUGGCUGCGCUCGCUGUUCUGGAAGGAGGAGAUGGAGCUGACCCUGGUGGGGCUGCAGUACUCGGGCAAGACCACGCUGCUCACCGUGCUGGCGUCAGGGCAGUUCACAGAAGAUAUGAUUCCUACAGUAGGCUUCAAUAUGAGGAAAAUAACAAAAGGAAAUGUUACCAUAAAGGUGUGGGACAUUGGAGGGCAGCCAAGGUUUCGAAGCAUGUGGGAGCGUUAUUGCAGAGGAGUCAAUGCAGUUGUUUACAUGGUGGAUGCAGCAGACUUAGAAAAAGUAGAAGCUUCAAAGAAUGAGCUACACAGUUUGAUAGAUAAGCCACAAUUGCAUGGAAUUCCAGUGUUGGUCCUUGGAAAUAAAAGAGACCUCCCAGGUGCACUGGAUGAAAAGCAGUUAAUUGAGAAAUUAAACCUUUCAUCUAUUCAAGACAGAGAAAUCUGUUGCUAUUCUAUUUCCUGUAAAGAGAAGGAUAACAUUGACAUAACAUUACAGUGGCUUAUUCAGCACUCCAAAUCAAGACACUGUUGAAGAAAACUCUUGCUGAAGAAAACUCCCAAUCACUUUGACUCCUAUCAGCUAUAAGCGUGAAAAGAUAAAGAAUGCAACUGCAUACUACCAGGACUCACUUUGUUUCUAUUUGUUAACAGAAGUAAAACUGAGUUACAGCUUGUCUAUCUUGGUUCUUUUUAAAAAAAUCCAGAUACUUGUCUGCCUACAUGAAAAUCCUGAACGCCUUAAUCCAAGACUGAAAGAAAUCAAUACUUUUUUGGGCUAAAAUGUUUUAAGUUUAUGCAUGUGAAUUGUCAAAUACGUAGUGAUUUUUUUUUUCUAAUUUGAAACGUAAUAAACUGCACAGUGGAAACAGAUAUGACUGUUUUUUUUAACUUACCAUACAAUUUUUCAUACAGAUUGUUUUCCCUGUGAACACCUGUAGUUAAUUGUCAUGAAUCAAUUAAAACCAUCAUAAAAAGCA